GAAGAAGAAGACGCUUUUAUUCAGUACGCUUGGUGGCGGUUUGUAACUUUGAGAUCAGCAUCAAUCCACCACUCAUGUAAACAAACCGAAGGAGACGUUCAAGAAGUAAACACGAGGUAUAUGGCAGCAGCCAGUAUAUCAUGGGGUGAGGAUCAGUUCAGCUGUUCAGUGUGUUUGGAUCUACUGAAGGAUCCAGUGACUAUUCCUGUGGACGCAGUUACUGUAUGAGCUGUAUUACAGACUGCUGGAAUCAGAAAAGAAGAAGAAAUCUACAGCUGCCCUCAGUGCAGACAAACCUUCAGUCCAGUUUUGGGUAAAAACACCAUAAUGGCUGAAAUGGUGAAGAAACUGAAGACGACGAAAGUACAAGCUGCUGUUUCUGCUCACUGUUCUGCUGGAGAUGUGCUGUGUGACGUCUGUACUGAAAUCAAACACAAAGCUGUCAAGUCCUGCCUGGUGUGUCUGAACUCCUACUGUGAAGAACACCUCCAACAACACGAGAAUCUCUUCAAAGGAAAGAGUCACAAGUUGAUCGAGGCCACUGGACGACUUCAGGAGAUCAUCUGUCCUCGACACGAUAGACUGCUGGACAUUUACUGUCGUACUGAUCAGCUGUGUGUGUGUUAUCUGUGUACGAUUGACGAACACAAAAGUCACGACACGGUUUCAGCUGCAGCAGAAAGAACUGACAAACAGACGAUUUUGGACGACACAAAGAGAAAAUACCAUCAGAGAAUUGAGCAGAUAGAGAAGGAGCUCAAGGAGCUGAGAGAGACUGUGAUGAGUCAUAAACGCUCUGCACUGGCAGCAGUGAAUGACACUGAGAGGAUCUUUACACACAUGAUCCUCUCCAUUGAGAGAAGACGCUCUGAGGUGACACAACACAUCCGAGAUCAGGAAAGACUGCAGUGAGUCGUGCUGAAGAACACUUAAAGGGAUCUGGAGCAGGAGAUUGAGGAUCUGAGGAAGAGAGAGGUUGAGCUGGACGAACUUUCAUAAACCUAUGAUGACGUCACUUUCAUAAAGUAACAUGCAGAGAACUUUCACCCGCCAAUGAACCGAAGACCAGACAGGAUUUCUUACAAUAUUCCUGUCAGCUCACUCUGGACAAACACAGUGAAUAAAAACCUCCUUCUGUCUGAGGGAAACCGAGUUAUUUCAUGGAUUUUCCACAACCAGCAUUACCCUGAUCAUCCAGACAGAUUUGAUGAAAUGUUUCAGGUGUUGUGUAAAGAGAGCGUGUGUGGACGCUGUUACUGGGAGGUUGAGUGGAGUGUCAAGGAGAUGUCUGCUGUGUGUAUAUCAGUGUCCUAUAAGAGCAUAGGCAGGAAGGGUCGGGGUAAAGAAUGUCUGUUAGGAGGUAAUGAUCAGUCCUGGUGUUUUUCCCGCUAUUGCAACGGUUUCUCAUUCUGUCACAAAAGGAAUAGUAUUGAUUUUCUGUUAAGGUUGAGAUCUUCCAGAAUAGGAGUGUAUGUGGAUCACAGUGCAGGAAUUCUGUCCUUCUACAGCGUCUCUGACACAAUGAGACUGAUCCACAGAGCCAUAACCACAUUCACUGAACCUCUCUAUCCUGGAUUUAGGGUUGGUGGUGGAACAAGACUGAAACUAUGUGAACUA